AUGAAGAGGAAAUUGAAGAAAAUGCUGGAAGUUAACGAGGUGAUCGACAACAGAUUCAAAUUGUUGUCGAAACUCGGAGCUGGCGAGUUCGGCUCAGUAUGGAAGGUGGAAGAUGUUGAAGAUGGAAAGGAAAAAGCUCUGAAGAUGUGUCCUAAAGAUGAUCCAUCGUAUUUGAAAGAACUCAAGUUCUUGAAUAAUGCGAGUCAUGUGAAAGGAGUCUCCAAAUUGCUCUUCAACUUCCACUUUCAGAGAUGGAGUUGCUUGGUGCUCUCACUUGAAGGUGAAUCUUUCGACCAAAUUAUGCAGCGCAGCAAGAAUCCAGGAGUUUCAACUGCGAAUCUUCGACGUAUAAUGUACAAUCUUGGCCAGACAUUGGUGGAAAUUCACAACCUUGGAUUCAUCCACAGAGAUCUCCACGCCCAAAACAUUUUGGUGACUGUGAUGGGAGAGAUUUGCGCACUCAAAAUCGUGGAUUUUGGGGUGUGUCUUCGUUAUCUCGAUUACAUUGGGAAUGAACUGAACCAGGAGAACAACAACAAUGUUAACUUUAUCACCUCCCGCCAUUCCAGUCUUCAGUCCAUGCAGCACGGAUACCAUACACCGCAAGACGACUGGAUUAGUCUCAUUUACAUUCUGAUUCACUACAAUGGUGUGCGCUUCCGAGAUGACAUUUUUGAUAUGAUGGGAGACAAGAUGAACUUUGGCAACAACCCGCAUUCUCUACUUCGCCCGGAUCUUCAUUGGCUUGCAGACUGUUACCAAUUGCUUCAAUUGCCAGAGGUCGACUUUCAAAAGGUCCUGGAAAUAAUUGAUGGAGACGAAUCGGAUUUCGAUGUCAAAUCUCCAAUUGAAUUUGAGAUGGUCGAUGGGGUCAUUAAAUUCAAUUAG